AUGCUAUCCAACAAGAGCGGCAGCUUAAGUUCGCUGGACGCGCUGCCCAAGCAGUUUGUGCUUUCCAUGAAAAAGCUGUUCGACAUUCUGGAUGACAAGCAGAGCGGCUAUGUAUGCUUUGCGGACAUUGAGAAGGGCUGGCAGGACGAUGGCUCAAAGGGUCUGCCUCAAGGUGUGCUGGAUUCCUUGCGGCGCGUUACACCGCCAAGCGGCCUGUUAACCUUCGAACGGUUCUGUGCAGGACUGAAGCUGUGCCUGCUGCGCAACCAGCAGCAACAGACGCAACAUCUACAGCACAAUGCGCCCAUGGCCAAGAUACAUCCACGCUCACAGCUCAGUCCCGAGCUAGAACAUGAAGUGGAUUAUAGUACGCCCGCACCACCGCCAAAGCCACCGCGUCAAUCUGCAGUAGCUGCUCCAUUAGCCAAGGCUGACAUACGCAAUGCGCUACAGAACUGGCAGCUGAGUCUCAUGCACAGCGAACAGAAAAGUUUGAAGACUGCACGCGAGCAAUUCGAACAUCGUGGCUCGGCCGAUGGUGGUUCCUCCUCCACCUCGGCAACGGACUACACGAUGGGUGCUUUAACAUUGGCGCAGCCCCCCAAGAAAUCCAAUAACAAGCGACGAGAGUCGCGCAGGCACACCUUGCAGCAUGGCAUUGACUAUAAUAUGCUAAAGCGACUGAAACAUCUGGAAGAGCAGCGAGAGUUGCUGCUCUUUGGCCUGGAUGGCGUGGAAAAGGCGCGCGAUUUCUAUAUGCAGCAGGUGCUCAAUGUGCAGGAACAGAUUAAGUACUUUGGCCGUUUAGGUACACGAUUUGAGCAGUGGUCUGAGCUGCAGCAGGAGAGACUUAAUUAUCAGCGUGCUCGCGUACUGGAAGCUAAUCGCAGCUUGUCCCUGUUGACAGACACUUGGGAGCAUGGUGGCUUUCCAUUGCACAUUAAUCUUGCUUUGCCGCGCAAGUCACUGCAGCAUUUCAAUUGCAAGUCGUAUGCCUCCAAUGAUGCGGAGAUCUACGAACAGCAACAGCAGCACACACAAUUUCACAAUUUGCGAAAUAUUUCGAGCUUCGUGCUGAGUCAACCUUCACCUGUGAGUCAAUCCUCUGCGGGUCUGGGAGAUGCGGACGUUGUCUACUGA